AUGGCCGUAGAGCGCAAAAUAGAGCGUAUCUACGAUUCUGCAAAAACCAAUGACCCUGUUACACGUUCAUGCACCUCUUCUAAAAAUAAUCUUACGACCUCUGCUGCUGCUACUGCUACUGCUACUGCUGCUACUGCUGCUACUGCUGCUACUGCUGCUACUGCUGCUACUGCUGCUACUGCUGCUACUGCUACUUAUAACAUACCCGCAUGCCCAACCAUCUACCCUUUUGAUACCUCCAAAAUACUUCCGUCCCAGGCUGCGGCUUCUUCACCACGCGCAUGCGCCGCGUCCUGGCCACGCUGGACUACAGGCUGGUGCUGGGCAAUUCCCUUUUGGAGCGUCAAUGCCUGGCAUGUCCUGAGCAUGGUGAGGCCGGGUGCCAUCAUCGUCUGUCAUGAUGGGAGGAGCUGGAUGGCGCCGAUGCUGCGGAGAGUGCUGCCAGUGUUGAAGAGGAGGGGGUAUCGGGUUGUUACGGUCACAGAGUUGUUGAGGGGGGUGUAA